CAACAUGGCGGCUCCUCUGCAGGUGAUAGUGAGCAGUGACUCCGGCUCCCAGCUGUGGAACAGCACCGUGUUCGACCCGCACAGCGGCUCGAGCCUGCUCUCCUACCGAGGCGGGAACAGCGGCGCGCGCUCGCUCUGCGUGCUCAACGGGGAGUACAUGCUGUCCGCCCAGCUGGGGAAGAACUUCAUCAACGUGUGGGAGAUCCAGAGGAAGGAUCAGCUGCAGCAGAAGCUGGUGUGUCCAGGUGUGGUCACAUGUCUGACUGCAUCACCUGAUGGACUCUUCCUGGCUGCAGGUGUGUCGGAGGCGGUUUACCUGUGGGAGGUGUCCACAGGUAAGCUGCUGUCCGUCCUCAGCCGCCACUAUCAGGACGUCACCUGUCUGAAGUUCACAGACGACAGCAGCCACUUUGUGUCCGGAGGAAAAGACAACCUGGCUCUGGUAUGGAGUCUGUGCAGUGUGAUCCAGCUGGAUUUGAACCAAUCCCCUGAGCCGCGUCACAUCCUGUCUCGUCACUCUCUACCAAUCACAGACCUGCACUGCGGCCUCAUGGGAGCUCAGGCCAGAGUCGCCACCGCCUCCCUGGACCAGACUGUCAAGCUGUGGGAGCUGUCCUCAGGUGAGAUGCUCCUGUCUGUCCUCUUCGAUGUGGAGGUCAUGUCCGUGACCUUUGACCCCUGCGAAUACUUCCUGUUCUGUGGCGGAAGUGACGGAAACAUUUUCCAAGUGUCUCUGUGCAGCCAGAGUCUCAGCCGGGAGAAGAACUUCCAGUCCGACAACGAUGGAAACCAGGUGUUUAAAGGACACAGGAACUUGGUGACCUGCCUGUCGGUGUCGAUGGACGGGACUCUCCUCCUCUCGGGUUCCCACGAUGAGACGGUUCGACUUUGGGACAUUCAGAGCAAACAGAGCAUCCGCUGCUUCGCCCACAAAGGUCCGGUGACCAACGCCGUCAUCAUGGCGGCUCCGGCUAACAUGUUCCUGCCCGACAGCCGACCGGCCGUCCCUCUGCCGCGCUUCAGCCGACACCUGCACGCCUCCGAGGGCGACGCCGGCCAAUCAGGAGAGGUCUGCGUCCGCCUGGGACUCUACACACAGGAGGAAGACGAAACGUACCUGCAGAAAUCUGACAGGCUGAACUCUCUGAUGAACGCUGUGACGGACAAGUCGGUUUUCGGCGACGGUGAGAACACGAAGGUCCGAGUCGCCGAGCUGGAAGAAGAAGUUCAAACUCUGAAGAAAGUCAACAAAGAUCUUUACGACUUCUCCAGUCAGCUGUUAACAAAACCCACAUAGACACACACACACACACACACACACACACACACACACACACACACA